ACUGGAAGAGUGGCCUCAGAUUGGCGGCCAUUACGGGCACUUCGCUCACAUGACCCUGUUGUUUGCCCCCGUGAUCAUUGCGUGUAGCUACCUGGCAAAUUCAAAAUCAGUCCACUGUUUCCCAUGGAUGUGAUUGACCAAAGCUUGGACACCAGUGAUGACAGAGAUGUCGACGAAAGCAUUAAGGAGGAAAUACAGGUGAUAGCACAUCAGAGCUUAACAAUCGUUGAGGAUGAUGCUUCACUGGGUUCCUCUGAGGAUCAAGCAGCAGUCGCUGGACUAACUCAUAGUAUGUUGGAUGGUGAUGAUGAAGUUCAGUACUUCAGAUCUGGAGAUGGUGGCACACUCACAACCUAUAGAGUUGUUCAAGUAGGUGAUUCCGAUCAGUUACCCCAAAUUGUGCCAUCUCCAGCAUACUCGCCCAACAGCAGUUCUGGCCAGGCUGUCCUCACUUCACCUUUAAAUGGACAAUUUUAUGUCAUUGGAUCACCUCAAGAGGUUUUCGGCAACUCACAAGUACAACGUUCAUUAGCACCUAGAUUGAGUUCAAAUCAUGAUGGCGGACCUAGAGCAGUUCGUAGGGAUGACAAACGUAGAGCAACUCAUAAUGAAGUCGAAAGACGGAGGAGAGAUAAAAUUAAUACAUGGAUUAUGGAACUAAGUAAAAUUGUACCCGAUUGUGUCCCAGAAACAACCAAGAGCCCUGGCCAGAGCAAGGGAGGGAUUUUGUCUAAGGCCUUUAAGUACAUUAUGGAGCUCAGAACUCAAAAUGCCAGACUUGCCGAUGGACACAAACAGACUGAAACCCUUGCACACAAGGUGAAACAACUCCAACGAGAAUUAGAAAGUUUACAGGUCAAGAACUCCAAUUUGGAACAAGAAAUAUCACUCUUAAGGAGUCAAGUUAAAUUCAGUAAAGAGUGAUUCUAAACUUUGGUUCAAUCAGAAGUGUUAGUAAAAUUGUUUUGGUCUUUGGUGAGAACAUAGUUUGUGUAUUAUUGUACAGUCACUCUGUGGGGCUUACCUCUGGUCAAUUUUGAUCCCAAUCAAAUAAUUUUUUUUAUGGUUCUGGCUUUUAUGGCAAAAAAGGUGGAUUUGAGUAUAGUUACCAAAUUUUAUUAUUCAUAGCAUUAUUUUUUGUUUGUCAUUGAAUUUGAUUCAGUAGUUGUUAGCUACAAUGUGCCUCAACUUAGUCUACUAUUUAAGGACAGGAACGGGUUGAUCUGAGAUUUUUCAUAACCAUUUGUGUAUAAUGCAUAAUUCUAAAAGGUUUUCAAAAUUACAAAUACUUAACAAAAUUCUUAGGUAUCAAGUUAUAAAUUUGUGCCAAUAUCUCAUUUUGUGCCCAUUUAUUUAAUAAUACCAAAGUACAUGUGCAAUUAAGAUAGUCUGCCCUUUCUAGUUAUUUUUGUCUAAUCGACCUUACUAUCCUGGGAUAAUUUUAAUUUUAUUAGAUGGAUUGGAUAACAUGUAUUGCUUCACAUUCUCUUCAUCUGGUGACCAGAAAUUUCCCUCUUUUGUUCAAAUGACAUAUCUAUAUUUGGAAUCACACCCUGUACACAAAUAUGAAAUGUUUGUGAAAUAUGACUGAUAAUAGUUAUGUAAGAAAAGAAGUUGUACAUAUAGUAUGUAGUGCAUUACAAUCCAAUAUUCUGAAUGUUCAGUCCUACACUGCUGUUCAGCAAAUCCUACCUACCAUUCUGCUGGCAAGAAAAAUAAUGUUUGAACGCAAAUUAAACCCAUAAGAUGUAUAAUGAGAAUUGUCAGUGAAUGUAGGAAAUUGUUGAGUGUAUUGAAAGUAUGCUGAUUGCUGAAUAUUGUGAUGACUGUUUGCUGUUCAUGUAGUAUGGUACUUGAUUUCAUGUUCAAAUGUGAGUUGAUGAUCCCCAUUAGUCACUUCAACAUAGGCACCAAUAGUGGUACUGGUACAGCAGUAAGCAGACUUUCAUUUGGCCUCUAUUAAGCAAUAUUAGUACUUAUCUGUUAUCAAUUUUAAGCUUUGUGUGUUAAAAAGGGUAUGUACAUUUCUUUGAUUUGGGGCUUAUUGUGUGUUGGUUGAAGUAUUUUUUUAUUCCAUCUGGAACAUUUUUCACUGCUCAGGUAUUUGUAUGUAUUGUAUGAUAAAAACAUCAUUUUGUUAGACUUUUUGUUUCUUCAAAAAGUAUGCUUAAUACAUUUGUAAUCUUUUCACUAACUCUUAAAAUUAGUGCAAAUUUCUA